GAAGGAGAACGAAAAGAAUUUCAAACGAUUCUCCGAUCUGGCUCCCGGAGGACUCGUAAUUAUGGACCGUAUAGGGAAAUUACUUGCGCAAACGGGCUGUAUCACCGAUAUCUCCAGGAUAAAAUGGGCUGAUAAUCUUCAAGCAAGAAGAUUGCAUGAAGCAGAGGAAACAAGGAGAGCCCAGAACUCCUUCAUGAUAUUACCAGUCAUGAGAUGAGGAAUCCAUUAAGCGCGAUUUUACAAUGUGCUGAUGAAAUAUCCACUUCACUUGCAGAAUUGACUUCCAAUCCUAACAUGGACCUCGUGUUGUCCGCAAUCAUCAAAGAAAGCAUUAGCUCUGUUGAGACAAUCCGCUUUGUGCUCAGCACCAAAAGUCUAUCGUUGAUUACAUUUCACAAUCUCCAAGCUCAAUUCGAACCUCUGGUUGACCACCCCAGUACCAGUGCAGUCCGUGGAAAUUGUGCAGCAAAUUCAGCAAAUGUUCAUGGUUGAAUGUCAAAAGGUGCACGACAUUCAGAUGGCGUUCCAUAUCACC